AUGUCGCGAGGAUCUCGGCUGGACUCGCCGUCUAAGCCUUUUGCUUGGACAACUGUCCUCUACCUGCUCCUCGUCUUCAUCGCCCCUCUCGCCCUUCUGGGAACUGCCCAGGCUUCUGACGACCAGAACGUCACUGAAAACUAUGGCACUGUCAUCGGUAUCGAUUUGGGAACCACCUACUCCUGCGUUGGUGUGAUGCAAAACGGAAAGGUUGAAAUUCUCGUCAACGACCAAGGAAACCGUAUCACUCCCUCAUACGUGGCCUUCACGGACGAGGAGCGUCUGAUCGGUGACGCCGCAAAGAACCAGUACUCUGCCAACCCUACAAGGACCAUCUUUGACAUCAAGCGUUUGAUCGGUCGCAAGUUCGACGACAAGGAUGUCCAGAAGGACAUGAAGAACUUCCCAUUCAAGGUCACCGCCAAGGAUGGCAAGCCUGUCGUCAAGGUCGAUGUCAACAAGACCCCCAAGACUUUCACUCCCGAAGAAGUCUCCGCCAUGGUCCUGAUCAAGAUGCGCGAGAUCGCUGAGAGCUACCUGGGCAAGACCGUCACCCACGCUGUCGUUACUGUCCCCGCCUACUUCAACGACGCCCAAAGACAGGCCACCAAGGAUGCCGGUAUCAUCGCCGGCCUGAACGUUCUCCGUGUGGUGAACGAGCCCACCGCCGCCGCUAUCGCCUAUGGUCUGGACAAGACUGGUGACGAGCGCCAGAUCAUCGUCUACGAUCUUGGUGGUGGUACUUUCGAUGUCUCUCUCCUGUCGAUUGACAACGGUGUUUUCGAAGUCCUGGCUACCGCUGGUGACACUCACUUGGGUGGUGAGGAUUUCGACCACCGUGUCAUGGAUCACUUCGUCAAGUUGUACAACAAGAAGAACGAUGUUGACAUCCGCAAGGACCUCAAGACCAUGGGUAAGCUUAAGCGCGAGGUUGAGAAGGCCAAGCGUACUCUGUCUUCCCAAAUGUCUACUCGCAUUGAAAUCGAGGCUUUCCACGAGGGCAACGACUUCUCCGAGACUCUUACCCGCGCCAAGUUUGAGGAGCUCAACAUGGAUCUCUUCAAGCGUACUCUGAAGCCCGUUGAACAGGUUAUCAAGGACGCCAAGGUUAAGAAGGCCGAUAUCAACGACAUUGUCUUGGUUGGUGGUUCCACCCGUAUCCCCAAGGUUCAAUCUCUUCUUGAGGAGUUCUUCAACGGCAAAAAGGCCAGCAAGGGUAUCAACCCUGAUGAGGCCGUCGCUUUCGGUGCCGCCGUCCAGGGUGGUGUCCUCGCUGGAGAGGAAGGUACCAACGACGUUGUUCUUAUGGACGUCAACCCUCUUACCAUGGGUAUUGAGACCACUGGCGGUGUGAUGACCAAGUUGAUUCCUCGUAACACUGUCAUCCCCACCCGCAAGUCUCAGAUCUUCUCGACUGCCGCCGAUAACCAGCCUACUGUCCUGAUCCAGGUCUUCGAGGGAGAACGUUCCAUGACCAAGGACAACAACUUGUUGGGCAAAUUCGAACUCACCAGCAUCCCACCGGCCCCUCGUGGUGUUCCUCAGAUUGAGGUUUCUUUCGACCUCGAUGCCAACGGUAUCCUUAAGGUCAGUGCUUCCGACAAGGGCACUGGUAAGGCCGAGUCGAUCACCAUCACCAACGACAAGGGCCGUCUUACCCAGGAAGAAAUCGACCGCAUGGUUGCCGAGGCUGAAGAAUUCGCCGAGGAGGACAAGGCUGCCCGUGGCAAGAUUGAGGCCCGUAACGCCCUUGAGAACUACGCUUUCAGCCUUAAGAACCAAGUCAACGACGAAGAUGGCCUUGGAGGCAAGCUCGACGAGGAUGACAAGGACGCUAUUCUGGAAGCUGUCAAGGAAGCCACUGACUGGCUUGACGAGAACGGCGCUACUGCUACGAUGGAAGACUUUGAGGAGCAGCGCGAGGCGUUGUCCAGCGUUGCUUACCCUAUCACCAGCAAACUGUACGGCGCUGGCGCUCCCGAUGAGGAUGACGAGCCCAGUGGCCACGAUGAGCUGUAG